UUCAUAAGAAAUCAUGUUCUCCACCUCUAAAGGCAGAGUUCCUUUGACGUUCAAUAUUCCAACACUGAAAUCCAAUCCCACACAUCUUCCAAACCUUUCCUCAAUUGUCAAUCCUCAAAAAACAUGUGAACCCUUUUGCUGAUCAUCAUCAUCAUCAAACCAUCUUCAAACAUCUCCCUGCUAGCUUUGCCACCCAUGGCAGCCAUGGAAGACUGCAACCAAAUGGCUGCAGACUGUAUAGUCCUAUCCUGCUGCUGCCAAUGCUUGUUCCUGCAAUUCCUCAUCUACGUGUUCCUCAAGCUGCCAAGGAGGCUGCUCAACCGGACAAGGAACUACGCGAGAAAGAAGCUGCUGAAGAUGAGGAGCAGGAAGAAGAUAGAGACAGAGCUAGUGGGGAGAAGAACUGUCAAGUUUGGAGAAAUGUUUGCUGAUAUAUACAGCAAUGAAGAAUCCAUGUGCAUUGACAUAGGCCUGUUAGAGGAGUUCAAGAAGUCCAAUGCUGAUAAUAACAACAUCAUUGAGCAUCUUGACAUGGGUGAAGAUCGUCAUCAAUGCAUUGAGGAAAUAGAGAGGGUGUUUGAUGAAUACCAUGCUAAAGGUGAGUUUGGGUUUGGGAGCUUUUGGAGGAAGGAAGUGAGCAAAAUGGGCUCACCAUCAUACUCAUCUUCAUCUUCAUCGCUCUCAUCAUCGUCGUCGCCAAUAUCUUGGGGGAGAUCAAGAAUGGCUUCUCCACGUUCAUCACAUAAUUCGACUUCAUCAUCGACGGGAAGGAGUAGUGGUGGAGGUAAGAAGCAGAGGAAGAAGAAGGAGUCGGGUGGUUUUAGAGCUGUACAGUUUGAAUUGAUUGAAAUUGUUCAUUCUUUGUCACGUUCAUCGUAUGGGUCGUUCCAGACGAUCGAUAAGUUGAUAGAUUAUGAGAAAUCGCCUUCAGGGAUUUGGAGAAAUCCGAGUGCAUCAUGAGCUUAGCUUGCUUGUGAGUUUGUUUCAUAUUUAGAUUUGUUAUAUUUUUUUUAGGUGCGAUCAGGAUAAUGAGUCCAAGUCCAACCAGAAUCGGGUAAUAGUGAUGGGACUCUCUUGAUUGUUCCAAAAUUCCUGAUAAUAUUUGGGAAUUUUCAUACCCAAAUAUAUAAAUAAUUUGUUAACCUUUAAAACUUAAAAGCUUACGAUUUUACACUUCUAGUUCACCCAACCGCUUCUAGGUAGAAUCACGCUUUUGAUUGCAUUAAUUGUGAACAAUCAUCAUGUCGAGGAAUCCAGAGAAUGUGCUGGAGAAGUUGGGUGAUUUGCUUCUAUAAGCUCUUAAUUGCAGAAGAUAUCAAGACGAUGACAAAUGACUGAACUAAGUCCAUAUUUUUUUUAUUUGUUGGAGGAAUUUGACCAACGACCAACAUAAUCACUUGUGUCCUUGGCAAUAUGACGAAAGAACAGUAAUGUCUCAUAGUGGUUAGAGAUCUAUAAUCCCAAAAAACUCCUUGUUCUUCUUCUUACCGACGAUGAAGCAAAAGAAACAAUUAGAGUCACCAUUGUCGACUUCAAAGCCAAUGAUAGCCACAAGAUUCGUCAGAGUCACUUGUUGAUAUUGAUGUUGCAUGUCUUCUCCAAGGAUGGUGAGAAUAAUAACAAAAGACAUGAAAGGGU